AACAUCAGUGAGCUACAUAGAACAAACCUAUUCUGAGGAGCUACUCGCAAGGCCAUUUUGUUAUCUAAAAACAACAUUUUGUGGAUUUUCAGCAAGACUCAACAAUGGGGAGAGCGUCUAUUGUGGUUCUAUGGCUGAUGCUGACUUUGGGAGUAGGCACAGCUCAAAUAGAUAAGGUGGAGCGGGCACUGCCACAGUGGCUGACGGGCAUCAUAGCUGUGACCGGGUUUCUCUUCCUCAUCUUCGUGGCGUUUCUGGUCAACAAGGCCUGGUGUCAAGACUCGAGGCCAGAGACCAAAGAAUGUGAGUGUGGGAAGACCCCUGGCUAUGUCAAGACCAAUGGAGACCACUAUGAUACCAGUCUGGACAUGUUCAGGAGCAGCGAUCACGAGAGUGCAUAUGAGAACAUGGACGUUGAAGGCAUUGAGGACAAAGUCACUACCAUGUGACCGAUGAGGACCAAUACAAGCCACCAAUCUGUGGUUUGUCGUGGACACACACAAACACGUAGUUUCAGAGACAUGCGAAGGCAAUUUACCAAGAGCACUCCAAGCAAGUAUCAAAAAGUUUAAAGAUCAGUAGAUAUCCAUUAAAGUGAAUCUUAGA